UACAUAAUGUAAAACUGCGGUGGUCUAGAGCCGUCAUUAUUAUCACUCUUCAUUAGUUAUGUCAGUGUAUAACUUUGUUUGUUUUUGUGGUGUGAAUGUUUCUCUUUUUGCCUUGAUUUGUAAGGGUGAAAAUUUUGACUUUGAUACAACACUGAAAGAUGCAUGUUCAUCAGAUGCACAAACCCUAUGCAACAGUGUGUCACCUGGAGAUGCCGAGGUUGUAGAGUGUCUUCGAGAGCAUGAUGCUAAGCGUAAAGUUUCAGAAAGAUGUCAUCAGCAGUUGCACAAAGAAGAGAAGUUGGAGGUGAAUAUGCCAGAAGUAGACUACAAAUUGAUGACAAUAUGCAAAGCUUCAAUUAGUAAGUUCUGUGAAGAUGCAUCAGCAAAGGAUCUUUUGUACUGUUUGGAAGACCAUAAAUUGAAUAUGGGUUUUGAUGUAGGAUGUCAGAGAGUGGUUACUGAGCGUCAAAUAGAAGCUGGAAGAACUAUUGAUUUGGAUCCGCGUUUACUGACUGCUUGUCGAAUGGACAUUCCCAAGUUUUGUCGAAACAAGAAACCACAAGAGGGAGAAGUAAUUCCGUGUCUAAAGAAUGCUCUCGACAAAAGAAUGUCACUUUCACCAACUUGUAAAACAGCAGUGCAGCAAAAAGAAAAGGAGAGUCUUCUCAAUGUUCAUGUGGAUGCUCAGUUUUUUGAUGCAUGUAAGCAAGAGAAGGUCCUUGAAAAGUGUUUGCAACUUCCUUCAGGAGCAAUCGAUUGUUUGAGACAUUUAUUUGGAAGCAACAAAGCAGGCAGUGCCAAGGAAAUUAGUAAUCAAAAAUGUAUUGCUGAGAUUGGUCGUCUGAUGAAUGAAGGCGUUGCAGAUGUUCAUAAUGAUCCUCUACUUUUCACCUCUUGUGCUUUAGACCUACAACAAUAUUGUAAUGACAUCCCAUUUGGAACAGGAAAAAAAAUUAUAUGUUUACUGGAAGUAUACACAACCAACAAACCACACAAGCUUUCAGUAGAAUGCUCUCAGCAGGUUAGCUUGCGUGUUGAGAUGUGGGACACUGCAGUGAAAGUUGCACCACCCAACUCUUUUCCUGAAUUGGCAUCUCUUAUCUUAAGUUCUCAAGCACGAGGCGCCUUCUUGAGUACUGGAACUCUGGUGAUAGUUAUUUUGCUUAUUUUGGGCUGUUAUGUUGGCAGAAAGUGUCGGAGGCGUCGAAAACGGGGCAAGAAACUGUGAGGUUUGAUGUAGAACCAUCUGACUUUGAAGAAACUUGUUAACGUAGUAAAUACCAUUAACAAAAAUCUACCAUAUCAUAUUGAGUUGAAA